CCUCCAUCGCCUCCGAUGGCGUCCCUCGCCGCCUUCCACCCUACCCUUCCCCACGCCCCCGCCCCCGCCCCCGCUCACCGCCAGCCCUCCCACCCCAACCCCACCACGGGCCUCCUCCGCCUCCUCCCCUCGCGCCGCCGCCAUCGUGCCCCGCGCCGGCGAGGGUUCGGCCUCGCCAUCUCCGCCUGCUCCUCCCCCGCCCCGUCACCCUCGGCCGCCGGACGAGGCGACCGCUGCGAAGCCACCUCCUCGCUCGAGCGAUGCCUCGCGGCGUCCGCCCCCAGCGCGGCGGCACCCGCCGCCGCUCCCCCCCACGCCCCGCCGUCAAUGAAGGGGGGAAAGCAGUACGGCGCGUUCGGCGCCGUCACGCUCGAGAAGGCAAAGCUUGACCUAUCCCAGCGCCGGAAGAAAAUCAUGCCCGAGCUGGCGACAGGUGGUGGUGGUGGAGAUAUUGGAAAAAGAAUUGGCCAUGGUGGUGGUGAUGGUGGAGAUGAUGAUGGAGACGAUGACGAUUACUUCGAUGAUUUUGAUGAUGGAGAGGAAGACGACGGCGGGCUUUUUAGGAGAAGAAUUGUUAUACAGGAGCUUUUCAAUAGAGAGUUCAUAGAUGCUGUAAUGCAAGAGUGGUGCAAAACGCUGAGUAAUUUACCUGCUGGUCUCCGCCAAGCUUACGAGAUGGGUUUGGUAAGUUCUGCUCAGAUGGCACGGUUCUUGUCAAUGUUUUCAAGGCCUACACAUACUCGGUCCUUUUCACGAGCUCUACCGGGAUGGUUAUCCAGAGAUCUUGUUGGAAGAACACUUGCAGAUCCAUCAUUCCCACAUAAGAUGGCUUUUGAAUUCAUGGCAACUUUUAUUUCUUCUGUUUGGUGGGAGAUGAACAUUCGUAAGGAGAGGUUUGAGCAGGAGUGGGAUUUGGCAGUUGUCAAUGCUUUGACUGCGUCAUGUUGCAACCUGAUGGUUGUUGGUCUCCUGGCACCAUGCCGUUCCUAUGGGAGUACAUCCCGGUUUGACUUCCAGAAUGCUAUUGAGAAACUUCCUAACAACAUAUUUGAGAAGAGUUAUCCUCUGAGAGAGUUUGAUCUGCAGAAACGAAUUAGUGCAUUCCUUUACAAAGCUGCUGAGCUUAGCCUGGUUGGGGUAGUUGCUGGCUCUAUUCAAGGUGGUCUAUCAAAAGCCCUGUCCGCAAGGAAGGAGAGCAGGUUAUCGGUGACAAUUCCUUCUGUCAGCACUAAUGCCCUUGGUUAUGGAGCUUUUCUAGGACUAUAUGCAAACUUGCGAUAUCAAUUAAUGUGUGGACUAGAUCAGUAUACGGUCAAGCGGUUUGAUGUUCUUGGUGUGGCGAUCUUCUUUGGUACAGCACUAAGAUUGAUGAACAUUCAGAUUGGUGAAGCAUCGAGACGCACAUGGCUUGGAGAGGAAGCUGAUCCACAGUACUCGGAUCGAUUGCUGAGGGCAUACAACAGACCAAUCGAGGUGGCUAAUACUGUGGGUGAACAAGAGUCAAGGUGGUUUAUAUCCAAGGAUGCAGUCGUGUCUGGCCUUGGUCUUCUUGGCAUCAAGCAGGGUGGACCUGAGGCACAGCUAUCAAAGCCCCGGCGAAAGAGAGUUGUCCGAAAGAAAGUCGCCUCAGGUUGAAAGUAGUGGAUUUGCUUGCAAUGCUGGAACAAUUUUGCUUCAGUUCCACUAUGCCGUGCUGAGUUCAGCCAAUGUCAAGUGGUAGUAAUGAGGAAAAGUCACCAUCGGGAAUCAGCGCACGAUCUAAUCGGGGAAGGCAUCAAAGGGGGGGAAGGUUGAGAGCUUUAGGUCCUCCACCAUUUUGUAUGUUUUCUUAAUAUCUGAUAAUAAUCUGACAUCUCAAGUUAUUGCACUCUUGUGAGCCAAAUAGGCACGUUUGGUGGUAGUCUCGGGGAUUGAUAAAGAUACUGUCAGUAAUAUGAGAAAGUACAUUGCAUUUUUUGAAUCAGGCCAAGUAGCUGUUUGGUGUAUUCUUGUAGCGUGACUGUAAUAUGUCCUAGUCGUUGCCCAAAUUUUCACCGGGUCUGGAUGUGUAUGCCCGGGGGCAUAAUAAAAAUCCAUGCUCUUAACCUUGGGCAAAUUGCA